AUGGGCUUGCUGGAACUGCCACAUGAGCUGAUAAUCCAAGUCGCCAAAUUUUUGGAAUAUGAUGAAGACAUAAAUUCCCUUUCCAGGACAAGGCGCCUCUUACACAUGGUGUUGAAUGACUUCCUCUACCAAAACCAUAUCCUCAACCAUGGAAGCAGUGGUCUUGAGUGGGCAGCUAGCACUGGCAAUGAGUCAGCUGCUCGAAAGUUACUCGAUGCUGGUGCUUCACCAACUGUUAUUGGCGAAUCAACGUUUAAGCCAAUAGCAUUAGCUGCGAAGUUUGGACACGCCGGCUUGGUCAAAAUGUUCCUAGAUUGGAAAGAAAAGUCUUCGGAAUCGGAAGAAGAGCAAGAGCAGGAGUUUGAGAGACUGAGGGCCGACGUCCAUUUCUCAUUGAAGGAACAGUUCGGACAGGGGAUAGGACGGAUCCGAUGUCGAUGGCAAUCUACCAUGGUCGUGAGACUGUUUUCGAUGUACUAG